AUGAGGAUAAGUAGAAUGGCUCUUUUUAACUUCAAAAGCUUUUUUGAAGAAACCCGAAUUGAAGGCAUCUCCCAGAAUGUAAACAUGCUGAUAGGAAAGAACGGAACUGGUAAGUCAAGUAUUUUGAGCGCCAUAAGGUUUGUGAUCGAUGCCCACCAGCGCAUUGGCCCUCUUGAGAGGAGGGUGUUUGUAAAUGAGAACAGCAAGGAGCUGAGGGCUUAUGUGGAAAUUGAGUUUGAGAACAUAAAUAGAGCCUUCCCUGCAGGUGACUUUGUUGUGAUCCGAAGAACAAUUACGCAGAAGUCUGACGAGUACUCCGUGGAUGGGCGCGAUGUUUCAAGGGAGGAGAUGAUAUCUCUGUAUGAAACAGCAGGUAUCUCCAAGGCAAUGCCAUACUUUGUGGUUGAGCAGGGAAAGAUAGGUGAGCUGGCCCAAAUGAACGGCCGUGCGCGCAUGCAUCUAAUCCGAGAGCUGGCUGGGUCUACUGUCUACGAGAAAGACAAAGAGGAGAUUCAGAAGGUGCUGAAGGAGUCUGAAACCGUUGAGCAAAGAAUAGAGGAGUUAGUGGACACGAUAAAAACGCGUGUUCUGGCGAUACAGCAGGACAAGCUGGCUGCAGAGCAGAAAGAAGAGAUGGAGAAAACCAAAGAAAUUAUAAUUCGGGAGAUCUACAAGCGGGAGCUGAAUAGAAUCCGAGAGAAGUUGGAAGGCCUCAUUACAGAAGAGUCCAGCCAGAUCGAUGAAACACAGGACAUAUCCGAAGAUGCUCUGCGAAUUCAGCUUGAGGAAGUGCUGUCUGCAAUACACGCAACUGCAGUUGAUACUGAGCUAGAAAGAAAAAUCGAUGAAAACCCGCACCUACUCGAUGAGACCUGCAGGGUGAAAGAAGAGCUUGAAAUUCUUCUGAAAGAGCAGGAGACACAGGCGCAUGCAAUCCAGCAGGAGAUAAACCACCUAGAAAGACUUAGGGAGAGCAGCAAAACCAUCCACCCAGAAAUAAACGUACUGCGCAUGCGCGGGACAGAUGCAGUGAAUAAAAAGCUUGAUGAGCUGAAAAGUGUAAAGAAAGAAGAAAGUUUCUUGCAGGGAAAAAAAAGUAAAGAAGACCUUCUUGAAAGCAAAAGAUCCGUCUGGAAGAGAGAGAAGGAGCAUAACAUAAAGAUAAAAACGAUUGAGCAGGAGAUGAAAGAUGCAGAACGGGCAUUCCUGUCUUCGCAAAAGGCAUUUUCCCUAGGGGACGAAGUGCGAAAUAUAAAGGGCGUUGUUGGGUAUGUCUAUGAUCUAGUGACUAUCCCGAAGGAAAUACUCUCUGCUGUUUCAAGUGCAGUUCCUAACUAUCUGACUACUAUUGUAGCUGAAAGUGUUGCAGAUGCAAUUAAUCUUGUGCGAAACCACCGCAUAGAGCAGCCUGUGAUUUCCCUCUCUACUAAAAGCACUGCUACACGGGCAUCUUCUGUGCCACUUCCAUCGCUUGCCCAAUAUAUAUCCUCGUCUGAGAAGCAUGCGUCCCUGGUAGACAGGCUCUUUGGAAAGAUAUACUUUGCAUCUGACUUUGAGACUGCAAAGGCUGCAUCAAGAACACACAGAGUAACUGUAAUCACUGCAGCAGGCGAGUACUUUGGGUCAGUUGGAACAAUCACUGGGGGAAGCGACAAGUCUUCCUAUCUUUUCAAGGCAUAUGUGGCGAACAAGGAGAAGUACAGAUGCAUCCUGGAAGAGAGCGCAGAAAUCCAGGAGGAAAAAGAGAAAGUCACCCGAGAGUACGACAGAGCCAAUAUGGAGUCCUCUUUAAGCGCCCCAGGAUACAUUGAGGAUGCAAUAUUCCUCCUAGAGAACGAAGGGUAUGACAUAGAUUUAGAGAUUCUCCAGAGAAAAACUGAGCUAGAAAGGCUCUCUGUGCCUGCUACACAAAGCAAAAUAGAAGAGUGUGCUAGAGUGCAGGAGGCCAUGAAGAGAAAGAGUGAAAGAGCAGCUCUUGAGGCCACUGCACAGAGCAUAGAGAGCAGGCUCUACAGGUGCGCAGGCUCCUCUGAGUGGAAGGAAAGAAUGGCAGAAAAGGUAAGACUUGCGAGCAAGUUCAGACGAAUCCAGAAAAGAAUUCUCUCGCUCAACGUGGAGAGCAGAGAGGAGGUAUUUGUGAACAAUAGCACAAUAAAUGUGCAGAACUCGUCAAGAGAGACUCUAGUCCAGGCACUGUCCAUAAUCAAAAAAGAGCUCCCAGAGACCGUUGCAACAGCAGAUGGAUCUGACACGGUUCUGCAGGACUACAAUAAGACACUUGCAAAGCUGGAGGAACUCUCGCACGCAAAAGAAAAGAUACUGGAUAUGCAGGGCCUUUUGGAGAAGAAAAAAGAACAGGUCAUCAACAUAACAAUAACCCAGGUGAAGAACAACUUUGAAUACUUUUUCAGAAAACUCACAGGCGGCUCUGCAUAUAUGUCGGCUAAUGGAACAGAUGCACUGGAGAUCGAUGUGUCUUUCACAGGCGAAACAAUGGUUAGAUCAGAUGAGCUUAGUGGUGGCCAGAAGACUGUCAUUGCACUGUGCAUGAUACUUGCCGUGCAGAGAAUCUACGAAGCCCCCUUCUAUCUAAUGGACGAGUUUGAUGCAAAUCUGGAUACGCAGGUCUUGAUGAAUAUUAUUAACAGCCGCGUCUUUGAGAACCGCCAGCUCUUUAUAUGCACAUUCCGCGGUGAGACUCUUGGCUUUGGAGACAAGUUCUUCUGCAUCAAAGACUCUACCAUCAGCGACAUAUCACUUGAGUCGGCAAAGGAACAGCUAUGCGCAUUUCUUCCCUAG